AUGCGUCUCUCUGCUGCUGUUGUUGUGCUCGCUGCCGGUGCCGUCGCUAGAGCUCAGCUAUCCAAUAUCCCCCAAUGCUCUCUUACCUGCUUCACCUCUGCCCUCGGAAGUGACGGCUGCUCUGAGCUCACGGAUUUCGCGUGCCAUUGCCAAACGCCUGGCCUCGUAGGGGAGAUUGUGCCAUGCAUCAAUGAAUCCUGUGAUGUCCCGGACCGAAAAGCUGUCUCCAGCAUCGUUGAUAACUUGUGCUCCGGUGUUGGCCAUCCGAUCUCUAUUACCGGGGUGGACACAUCGGCUCCCAUAACGACUGGAACAGGAGCUGUCCCAACCUCCUCGAGAAGCUCCAAUUCCACUACCACAAACAGUGGUACUUGGUCAAGCUGGUCGAGCUCCAAGUCUACGACAACAAUUACUUCCACGAUCAGUGGAACCUCGCCAAGCACCCCAACUUCGUCCACGGUCGGCGGUGGGUCAGGCUCCCCGAUUUCGUCUUCGACCAACCCAGGCUCGCCCCAGCAGACCCCGGGCGCCCCUGAGUUCAAUGGUGCCUCUGCUAUUGCACCCGGAGCUGUCCAGAUGGUUGGUAGUGUUAUCCUGCUCGCCAGUAUGGUCUUCUUUGUUUGA